AAAAGCAGUGCCUCUUUCCUUCUCAGCUUACUUCAGCUUUCGACCUGCAAAAAUUUGCACAAUGGCCAAGUCACAUGUAGUUAGCAAAAGCCCUUCCAUGGUUUCCAUAAUGCUGCUUUGUGGUCUGCUAAUGGCUACUCUUGCCAGAACAGAAGCAAGUAUUGGUGUUUGUUAUGGAACAGUUGGAGACAACUUACCUCCACCAAGAGAAGUAAUAGCUCUCUACAAGCAAUACAACAUCCAAAGAAUGAGGCUCUAUGCUCCUAACUUUGACGCACUCCAAGCCCUCCAAGGCUCCCCAAUUGAGCUCAUUCUAGGUGUAGAAAAUGAGCGCCUUAAAGACAUUUCUUCUAGCCAAGCCAGUGCAGAUGAUUGGGUAAAAAAGAAUGUCCAAAGCUAUGGCAAUGUCAAUUUCAAAUACAUUGCGGUUGGAAAUGAAGUAGAUGCCGUAGGUCCUCUAGCACCCUUUGUCGGCCCAGCAAUGGACAAAAUUCAAAAUGCAAUUUCUAAGGCUGGUCUUGCAAACAAAAUCAAAGUCUCCACUGCGGUUUACCCUGUAAUUCUUGAAAAAUCCUACCCUCCAAACCUGUUUGAUGCAAUCUUGGAUGCGGCUUACUCAGCAUUAGAGAAGGCUGGAGGCGGUUCUUUGAAAAUCGUCGUAUCAGAGACUGGUUGGCCCUCGGCUGGUGGGGAUGGGACAGUGACAACGAAGGGGAAUGCGAGAAUUUACAACUCAAAUUUGAUCAAGCACGUGAAGGGAGGGACGCCAAAGAGACCUAGAGUCCCCAUAGAGACUUAUAUGUUUGCCAUGUUUAAUGAGAAUAAGAAACCUGGAGAAGAGACUGAGAGACACUGGGGGCUGUUCUUUCCUAACAAACAGCCUGUUUAUCACAUUGAUUUCAACUAA